AUAACCCUCCCCCCCCCGGCGGUGGAGGGCAUCAAAGCUGUCCAUCCUCCUUUGACAACUCUCGCCUUUGCCCCGCCCCCCUCCUCCGCCUCUCCCUUCGUGUGCUUCCCCUUCUCCUUGCUGUGAUCGCCACCGCUACUGUCAAAACACACUGACAGCCCGGACCAUGCCUGCAUGCACGCUCGCGUGCAACCCAACUGACCUGUGCCAGGCACGAGACACCGGGUCAGGAACAUGCCCCCGCAAAGCCCGACGCUCUUAAGUUACCGGGAUGCCCCGGCCCCGCGCCCGGACACCCUGAAGCAGCAUCUCGCCGGUCCGACAACCAGCCCCAUCGACCCACCGGGGCCUGACACCAUGCCACCCGACACCAGGGUUCCCCCGACGCCCAGCGACACGACCGCCUGCCUGGUGAAUGCCCACACCGGGGGCUACUUGAAUUAUGGUCCCCACUCGGUGCACCCGAUCCCGGCGCAGGUGGCGCGCAAUGUUUUCACCCGGCAGGAGGUGGCCCGUCUGGCGGGGCACGCCCCGGCCAAGGGCGGCGCUGUGGCGGAUGGCCAUGCCCGCCUCCUUCUCAUCAUCGACGGGGUGGUGGUCGAUGCGACGCACUUUGCCGAGGUCCACCCCGGGGGAGCCGAGGCCAUGUGGGAAUGGAGGGGCAAGGAUGUGUCGCACAUCAUCCGCGGGCACUACGGCCGUCCUGGGGUGGCGCUGACCGAGCGCGAGCUCCAGCGCUCGGCCGAACGCGCCCCCGAGUCCCGGCCCCAUCGCCACAGCGACAUGGCCAUCGCGCUGAUCAGCAACCUGGCCAUCGGCAUCCUGGAUGAGGUGGUCGAUGCCAGCACCCCGGGGCCCGGCCCGUGGGAAGAUGGCCGCACUCUCGAGUGCAGCUCCUCGGCCAUGACUGUCAGCCUGUCAAGCGCGUCGCCAUCCUCCGCGGCAUUGCCCUCGCCGGGGCCCGCGACCGUGGCUGCUGGCCCUCGCACGGCUCGCCAGCCGCAUAAGGAAGCCACCACAUCGGCCACCGCCGCCCAGCCAGCCGCCGAUCUCCGGUCCCGGGCCCUCUUCCAGACCCCCCCGGAGAAGGCCGUCCACUCGAUUGACCUCACGCAGCCCAUCGUCCAGCAGAUCUGGAACUUGCGCUUGAACCGCGAGGCGUACCUGCGCCUGACGCACACCCCUGCCGUGCUGCCCACCGGGCAGUCGGCCCGAUUCUUCGCCAACCCCAUCCUGGAGGUCCUCUCCCGGACGCCCUGGUGGGCGGUCCUCGUUUGGGUGCCGGUCAUCGUGACAUUCUUCGUGCUCGGGGCACGCAUGCAGCAGCCCUCCACAGGCCCCGGCCUCGGGGGUCUCCCCUGGGGCACCAUGAUGGGGUGGUUCCUCUUCGGUGUCCUCAAUUGGUCCCUGCUGGAGUACAGCAUCCAUCGCUUCCUCUUCCAUCUGGAUGACCUGGUUCCCGACCAUCGGGUGGCCCUUCUGCUGCAUUUUGUUUUGCACGGCGUCCACCACUUCCUUCCCAUGGAUCCCCUUCGUUUGGUGAUGCCUCCCGCCAUGGCCCUGAUCCUGAUGACGCCCAUUUUCUUCGGCUACCGCAUGUUUUUCCCGGACCGCAUCCUUUUCCUGGCCUUCGCCGGAGGCCUGACCGGCUUCUUGCUUUAUGACUUGACACAUUACUAUCUCCACCAUGGGGUGCCGAGCACGGCCCAGGUGGCUCUGCGGAGCCGCGCCAAGUCCGGUGCCUCGGUGGCCCAGCGUCUGGCCGAUCGCCUUUGGAACCGCCCAAUGGCCGUGCUCAAGCGCCACCACCUUCGCCAUCAUUAUGAGGACUACCAAAAGGCCUUCGGCAUCACCAGCAAACUUUGGGACGGUGUCUUCUCCACCGAGCUGCCGCCUGACCCGGCCUUUGAGCGCCGGCCAGCCAUCCCCUCACAGUGACGCACUGUGCCUCGGGGGGCUGGACUGAGACCGGAAGAGCAGGGCGAGGAGGAGAGAAGGGCAGCGCUCCAUCAUACACACCCAUGCGUGUGAGAGAGGACGCAUGAGAUAUUUCCCUCACUUCCUCUGUGCAAACCCAGGACUCCCUGGGACGGCCGCCCUCGCUGGGCUUUCUCGGCCCUUCCCCUCGACCGCGACCUCGGCGCCGGGGCCUCUCUCUCUCCCCCAUGCGAUCCUCGACAAGAGGCAUCGGAAGACAAAGCCCACAACCGAGAGAGACACACUCACACCGCACGCGGGCCCCCGCCUUUUUCACGGGAAAGCUGUGGGGCACAAAGAAGUACACCAAUAGACAUUUUUCAAAUCCACA